CAUACGCAUGCCCCCCCCCCCCUGCUUUUUUAACUAAAAUAAUCCCAUUUUAAUUUUCUUCCAAUACUUCACGUGACUAUGUCAUGUGACUAGGCACAUGAUCUUAAAUAUAACCGGAGACCAUUACCAUUGAAAGAGUGUAUGUAGGCCUAUUUGACGGUAGUGUUGCAUAAUUUCAAGAGAUCUAUGCCAUGGUGCUCCUGGGGCUUUUAAGUUUAGCAGGGUUAUUUUGUACAGCUUUGAGUCGUUAUGAUCCUAACUGGAAUUCGUUAGAUGCUCGACCUCUUCCAGGUAAGAUGCACAGUCAAUUUUUUUUAUGGUAAAAAUGAAAAAAUUAUUACUUAUUUAUUUAUUAUUAUUAAUUUUAAUUAUAAUUUAUUAAUUUAUAAUUAAUUUAAAUAUUUAUUUAAAAUUUUCAAGGCCCAUUGCCAUUAUCAAUUGGCUAACCGGCCUAAAAAAUAUUCUUUUUAAAUCGUAGCGUAGGUCAGACCCUAAUACUGACAAAGACGAAUAGUAGAUUAGUACUAUUACUAUUAGAGAAAAAGGCAGUAUAGUAUAAAGACAAUAAAGUAAUAAAGUGAAUAAAGAAAUUGGUUAUAAUUAUUAAGCCCACUAUUGACUAUCAAUAACAUAGAUGAUAAAUAAUACUGAAUAAGUUAUAAUUUAACUUAAAUUUAUUUAUAAAUUAUAAUUAUGACUUAAAAGUUAAGUUAAAGAUAUGGGGUACAUUCAUGAAGGAAAAAGGUAUAUUUAUUUUCGGAGAGAAAAUGGCAUAAAAUGGGUUGGUGCAGUAUCAUUUCCACUUUCAUAUCAUUUGUGGUUGUCAUGGUUUGGCUGAGUAAACAUGGAUCAGAUGAUGUCAAGGUGAAUUGAGAAAAAAAUUAUUUAGAGUAAAAGUAUACAUUUUAUUUUUAAAAACUACCCGGUCAUAUUAUUGGGUCUGUUUCAAUUAAUCAUACUUUUAACUUACUGGAAUCGAAGUUUAGAAAUAACAAAUAUGAUUUUGGAACCAAUCCAAAUUGGUAAAAGUAGGUGGCAACCACAGGCAAGCUACUCUGUUUUACAAAAAAUGUGGACGUACCCCCAUAGAUAGAAAUAGGACUAUCAUAUUCAUUAGUAGGCUAUCAUUGUUUGAAUGUGAUUAAGCAAUUGAGCCCAUUACAAAACUAUUGACUGUCAAUAGGCCGAAAUUAAAAUUAAGCAGUUAUAGUUAUAGCUUUAACUUAAGUUUUAAUUGUUUAAGUAAAUCGUUAUAAAUCAAAUGUAAUUAGGCUUCCUACUAUCAGUAGGCCUUGUAAUACAUAAUAUAGAUUAAAUUAAAUAAAAUAAUGGCCCUAAUAAUAAUAGCUAGAUAAAACUAGUAAAACUUGAAAGCUAAAGGCUAUUUUAAAGUAUUUUUUUUAGUAAAGGCAUUCUUAGAUAAACUCUCCCCGAAAGCGUACAUUGGAAAAGAGCAGUAUUGGAACUUCACUUAAGACUUAAUUUUUUAAUACAUUUUUGCUCAUUAAUUUUUUUAAUGUAACAGUAACAGCAUAGUUUGGCUUUAUGAUGAUGUUGGGAUAGUUUGGCUUUAUGAUGAUGUUGGUUUAUUUUGUUCAUUUUAAAUAGCUUGGUAUGAUGAAGGCAAAAUUGGAAUAUUUAUCCAUUGGGGAGUCUUCUCUGUGCCAGCUUUUGGAAGUGAAUGGUUUUGGUGGCAAUGGCAGGGAGACAAGGUUCCAGCUUAUGUCCAAUACAUGCAACAAAACUAUAGGCCAGACUUCACAUAUGCUGACUUCGCUCCUAUGUUUCACGCAGAAUUUUAUGACCCAGGACAAUGGGCUGAUAUUUUCCAAUCUUCAGGAGCAAAGUAAUUCUUAAUUUAACUCAAAAUAAAACAAAUGCUUUCCAAUAUUAUUUGAUAAUACUCAAUAUUUUCUUUUCCUUUCUUCCUCACUUAUAAAUGGGUACUGAAUUUUUUUUCAUUUCAUUGCAAAGCUAGUUAAAGUUAAAAUAAAACUUUUAUCCUAGUUCAUCAAUUAAAAGCAUUUUGUUUAAAUUUUAGGUGAAACAGCACUGGAUAAUAUGUUUAUAUUAAAAAAAAUUAAAUAUCAUUUUUAGAUUUUAAUUAAUUUUUAUUUUUAUUUAAUUAUAAUUCAUUUAAUAUACCUACUUAAUUAAUGUAACUAUCUUAGCCAAUAAUAAAAUUCUUUUUGGAAAUGGUUUUUUGAAAUUUUUUUUUUUAAAUUGUACCCAUCACAGCUAUGUAGUUUUAGUAUCAAAGCACCAUGAAGGGUUCACAAACUGGCCUUCAAAGUAUUCAUGGAACUGGAAUGCAGGAGAUGUUGGACCUAAACGGGAUCUUGUAGGUAAGAUUAGCUAAAUGCGUUCAUGAAAGGUAAUUUAUUUAAUGGAAAGUCAAAAAUAUACUAUUACUAUAUAGUCAUUUUUUUUUUUUAAGUUUCAGUGUACCGUAUACAGAAGGUCACACUUUUUUUACCAAAAAUUUUCUAAAAAAUUUGUGUAACACCUUUUAACAAAUAUCAGUUAUAUUUAUGUUACAACCCCCCCCCCCCCAAUUAACAAACCGAAACUUAUGGUUCGACAUAUCCACUGGUGCCAAGUACGCAAGUAUAUAUUUGCAUAUGAUAUUUUUUAUGCAAAGAAAUUUUUAUAAAAGAUAAUUAUUUAUUAUUGUAUAGGUUUGUUUAUAGUGAGUAGCUUAUAUUUUUCCUCUAUGAUAAACACGUUUUUAAAAAUGAGUUUUAGGGAACUUUCAGGAGCGUUGUUCAUGUUUAUCACUUGGUUGAUUGAUAGAUAUGAAUGUUAUCUUUUAUUCAUUUUGCAUUGAAAAGAAAUUGAAAUUUUCUUAUUAAUACUUAUGUUUUCUUUAUAUUUCCAAUAAUCUGAUGAUAUAAAUUAAUUCAAACAUUAGCCCAAAUAAUUUUUGUUAAAAUGUUUAAAAUUAUUUUAUUUUUUUUCCUGUAUGUAGGUGAUCUGGCAGAUGCUAUCCGUAGUAAGACAAACCUAAAGUUUGGUGUUUACCAUUCCAUGUUUGAAUGGUUCCAUCCACUGUUCCUCCAAGACCAGGCUAACGAUUACAGCACACAGGAUUUUGUCAGAGUAUGUAUUGAUUUUGCGUCGAAGCUCUUAAUCAGUCCUUUUUUUUUAAAAAUUGGUUGUGUAAACAAGCUCUUAUAAAUUAUAAGAUUAUUGGGCAUCUCCUUUGAUUGUGUAUUGAUGACAUACCUAUAUGGAAUGUAUUGAAGUUUUUAAAAAUAAUUUUUUUACCCAGUCCACACAGAGAUGUUAGAUUCUUGAAAUGAACACAAACAUUUUUAAAUGACUUUUUGCUACACUGUUUCAUUUGAUCAGCACAAGAGAAAAACAGUUAAGCACUAAAGAGCAACAGUUCAGCACUAGAGUGCAACAGCUCAGCACUAGAGUGCAACAGCUCAGCACUAGAGUGCAACAGCUCAGCACUAGAGUGCAACAGUUCAGCACUAGAGUGCAACAGCUCAGCACUAGAGUGCAACAGUUCAGCACUAGAGAGCAAAAGUUAUUGUUUUCUGAAUAGCAGUUACUUGGGUUAAUUUUUCAUGUUUAAAAAAGUCUUUUAUUAUGUCUGCCAUCAGACCAAGACAAUGCCAGAGCUGUACGAACUAGUCAACAAGUACAAACCAGAUCUUGUGUGGUCUGAUGGCGAGUGGAUGGCACCUGAUGUUUACUGGAACUCAACAGAGUUUAUCGCUUGGCUUUACAAUGACAGGUGAGUUGCGUGUUUCCCUGUGUUAAACAUAUGCUACCCUAAGGGAAACCAUUAAUAAAAUUGGGAUAUCUAAGUUCAAUGUACCGAUAAUCCUAAAAUUGAAUUCCAGCUGCUGUCAAGUAAUUUUUUCUAUUAACCAUAAGGCUCAUUUUUUCACCAUACAUGUUCCAAACUGUCUUUUCCUGUUGUAUUUUAUUAUAAUUAAAAAAUCUAUCAUCUUUUCAUUCAACCAAAUUUUCAGCCCUGUUAAAGACACUGUUGUGGUCAAUGACCGGUGGGGAAAUAACACCCGAUGUGCUCAUGGAGGAUUCUGGGACUGUUCAGAUCACUAUACACCAGGCAAGUUGUUUUUUUCUAACUUAACCUUUACAUGAACUUUUGCAUGAACCUUUACAUAAAACCAUUACAUUCACCUUUGCGUGCACCAUUACAUGAACCUGUGUAUGAAUCUGUGCAUGAAUUUCACAUGAACCUUUACAUGCACUAUUACAUGCAGCAGUACAUGCACCAUUACAUGUAGCAGUACAUGCACCAUUACAUGUAGCAGUACAUGCACCAUUACAUGAACCUAUGUAUGAAUCUAUGCACGAACCUUUGUUGGCCAUGGUGUGGGCUUCGGAGGAAAUCCACAAGGCCUGGGAUUAUUUUUCAAGGAUUAUAAGCUGGUUCCCAAAUCGCCUCUCUCCACACCGCUGGAUAACCCAAAGGAACAUCAUUUGGAUGAUACAGCUUGGCACCAAUGGCGUCGCAGGAGUUGUCGGAAUGUUUCAUUGUACCAAUGAUAUCCCCCUUUCGGGACUCCAUCUCUGGGUUUGAUUUCAGAGUUGCCUUCUCUUAGAUGAGUUGCCAUCCAAGGUUAACGAGUCCCAUCUACCCGGGGUGCUGGUGAUGUUUUUUUGCUUGACUGGGCUUUGGCUGGAAUUAAGCUCCAGACCACCAACUUGAGAUUUGCUCAGUUUAGACCACUCGGCCACCCAGCACCCGCACGAACCUUUACAUGAAACUAUAACAUGAACCAUUACAUGCACCUUGACAUGCACCAUUACAUGAACCUAUGUAUGAAUCUACGCAUGUACCUUUGCACGAACCCUUACAUGUACAUAUCUUCAAUUAGUUUUUGAGACAAGGCCAUGCCACUGGUAAAAAAAACCACAUCUAAUCUCAAAUGUCAUUGCGUAUACUUGUAUAGGUAAACUUGUGCCUCACAAGUGGGAGAACUGCAUGACAAUUGACAAAUAUUCCUGGGGAUAUCGUGCUAAUGCUCGUCUGUCAGACAUCCACACUAUUGAAGAGCUAUUGCAACAGUUGGUUACAACUGUCAGGUAUGCCUCUGCAAUUUUUUUUUUCCACUGAUAAUCACAUUCAUCCUGAGGCCCUCUAGUUGGGACAAACCAAGGUCAAGGGUCUCUUGUCAAUUUGUUCUGUCACAACCUUCUCAAUGUCUCCCCUGUCUUUUCCAUCACUUACUUCAUGUGUGGACCUUCAUGUGUUUUUGGCCACCCCCCACACACACAUCCUCUUACCCCUUGAGGGUUCCUUGUCAAUAUUUGUCUUUUUUUUCUCUGAAUUUCUGUCAAAUCCACCUGUUUUAAUUCACUUAGAUUAAAUGCGCAGAUUUAAUUUUUUCUCCCUAAAUAUAAUCUUUUACAAUUUUUUUAAGCCUUGGAGGAAAUUUACUGAUUAAUGUAGGACCCACUUCCUAUGGUGAAAUUGGCCCCAUUUAUGAGGAAAGGCUUAGGCAACUUGGAACCUGGUUGAAAGUCAAUGGAGAAGCCAUUUAUAAGACUAAAGUUUGGACAUAUCAAAAUGAUUCCAUUGCAACAAAUGUUUGGUAAGUCAUUCUUGUCUUAAGUAGUACUUAUGAUGGCUAGUGAAUGAACAUACAACACUUAAUAUUGCUAAUGAGUAGUUACAACACUUAAGAUGGCUAGUGAAUGAACAUACAACACUUAAUAUUGCUAAUGAGUAGUUACAACACUUAAGAUGGCUAGUGAAUAUUUACAUACAACACUUUAGAUGGGCUAAUAAAUAAUUACAAGGACAGACUAAAUUAAUUUAUUUCACAUAAUAAAUGGUUUGAAACCUUGAUAAAAAUUAAGUUGAUUUGGGCCAGAUGAAUUCUUGUAUAACUGUUGAACUAUUUAUCCUUUCAGGUACACCUCAAGCUCCAAUGGCACAGACGUGACUGUGUAUGCCUUACUCCUGGGCUGGCCCGUCAACUCUACGAUAACCCUGGGAAACCCCAUUGCUGCCGCCAACACUGUGGUGUCAUUGGUCGGGUAUCAGGGUCAGCUGAGCUAUAAGCCCGUAUCCGGGGGUGGUAUCACUGUCACUAUUCCUCCCAUCGCUCCCAACGAGAUGCCAUGUGAGUGGGCCUGGGCCCUGCGACUGGAGGGACUCCAGAAUCAGAAACCUAAUCUGAACUGGAACAUGUUGAGUCGUAAUGUCCAGUCUAUAGCAAUGAAGAAAAACUUUUGAGGUAGUUGAGCAUUUAGUUGAAGUACAAUUCAAUUCAGCUGGUAAUCUUGAUCUAAUUUUGAUAAAUUCUGGCCAUGACAUCACUUUUUGAUUUAAACUUUAUUUGAACUGUAAAGAUAAAGAUGAUUUUUGUCGUGCAUUUCUGUUGGUUUACUUCAUAUCGGGUAUACUCAUAAUACCGGUACUGCAUAAGUAAAUCUGAUGCUAAUAUUUUUUUUUUUUUUUUAAACUGCCAAAAUUGUCAUUGUUUGAGAUCGGACACUUUCAAUGUCACUUUGUUCUCAGUGUCUUAGAAUUUUCCAUUGUAUUUCUCAUUUUUUAAAUUUCUAUAUGGCAUGUGAAAUCCACAGAAUGUUCUGAAAUGUAUUGUAUUUAUCUAUACACCUAGUUUGAUACCUCGGCUAUUCUUCUGUUUCACUGCUUUGUAAAUUGCCUAUUAAUACAAUAGUUGUUUGAGGUUUCUCUGUUCGGGCACAUAAUGAUAAAUCUUUUACAUUCCAUUGACCCUUUUGUGAUCGACAAGCCUGAGUAUUUUGUGAUCGACAAGUCUGACAAUUUUGUGAAUGACAAGUCUGACCCAUCAGUUAAAUCUGCUAAUUUUUAUAUUUAUUGAUGUGUAACUAUUUAAUUAAAUUAAAAUCUUUCUGCUUUUAAAAAAGGUACUUUUUUGUUUAAAUUAUGUGCUUAUGCUGUUGCUUCCAUGUGGUGUGCAUGCUUCUGUCAUGUG